AAAACAGAGUUUUCUUGCUCUCUCUUAUUCUCUCCAUAAAUACAUAUAUAUAUUUUCGUAUAUAUAUAUAUAUCUGUUUGUCAUAUAUUCCGCAUUAUUUGUAAAAGAAAGAAAGAAGAAAAAGAAUGACUAAACAAAAGGUGAUGGUUGGUGAUGUGAAAUCCGGCGGCAUGGAUAUGACGGUCGCCGCCGUGAUACCGAAAUCGUUAUUCAGGGCGGAUGUGAAGAAACCCCCUUUGAUGCCUGGAAAAUAUAUAACGGUUUCGAAGAAAAAGCUUCUUGAGAAUCUUGAAAUCAAUGGUGGUAUGAGGAUUAAUUCAUGGGUUGAAUCUAUGAGAGCUUCUUCUCCUACUUCUAUUAGAAAUCUUUCUCAAGAUCAAUCCUCAUGGAUGGAUAGGCAUCCAUCAGCUUUGGAAGUAUUUGAUGAGAUAACAAAUGCAUCAAAAGGGAAACAAAUAGUGAUGUUUCUAGACUAUGAUGGGACACUAUCACCAAUAGUUGAUGACCCAGAUCAAGCUUACAUGUCUGAUGCUAUGAGAGCAACUGUGAGAAAACUAGCUGGAUGUUUUCCUACUGCAAUUGUUAGUGGAAGAUGUAGAGAUAAAGUUUAUAGUUUUGUUAAAUUAGCAGAGUUGUAUUAUGCUGGAAGUCAUGGUAUGGAUAUUAGAGGCCCAUCUAAAGGUUCCAAGUACAACAAAAGUCCUCCAAGUGUUCUUUGUCAACCAGCAAGUGAAUAUCUACCCAUGAUUGAUGAGGUAUAUGGGUUGCUAAUGGAGAAAACAAAAUCAACAGAAGGGGCAAAAGUGGAAAAUAAUAAAUUUUGUUUGUCUGUCCAUUUUCGAUGUGUGGAUGAAAAGAAAUGGAGUGAAUUAGCUGCACAAGUGAGAUCAGUUCUUAAAGAUUACCCCAAGCUUCGUUUAUCUCAAGGAAGAAAGGUGUUAGAGAUCCGGCCCACAAUAAAAUGGGACAAAGGGAAGGCGCUUGAGUUUUUGUUGGAGUCUCUUGGUUACGCCAAUUGUACCGAUGUGUUCCCUAUUUACAUUGGAGAUGAUCGUACCGAUGAAGAUGCCUUCAAGGUACUAAGAGAAAGAGGACAAGGUUUUGGGAUUCUUGUGUCCAAAAUUCCAAAGGACACAAAUGCAUCUUAUUCUUUGCAGGAACCAUCCGAGGUGAUGGAGUUUUUGCAACGCCUAGUUGAUUGGAAGCGACGUCCAAGUACAAUGAGAAGGAGAUUUUGAUGCAUCAAUGGGUCAAGAAUAAUAACAGAAAUUCGUAUAUGGAAGAUUAAUAUUAUGGUUAUUGCGUAUGUACAUAAGUAAAUAUAUUCAUUCUUGUCCGAACAAAAAUAGAAAUGUGGACAAGACGGAUAAAAAAAAAACUAGGAUAGCUAAGGCUAAUGGUCGUUUUGGUUUUUUGCUUUUUGUUUUCUUCCUUUCUAGUUGGCUAUUGUACAUCUUCUAACCCUCUUUGUAAUAUGGGAAGAUAAGUUGUAUUUUGCAAGGUGUCAAAUGAUAUAUAACCGGUUUUGUUUUACUUCAA